GUCAGUCUUCAUCCGGUUGUUCGCAAAGAAAGUCGUGUAGUUUGUUUCAGUGCGUCCAUUAAUUUGACUUUCAGAUUUAAGCAAAAGUUCUGGGGGAAGUUUUCAGUGGUUUCCGGGUGUUAAAAGUGUGUGCUUAGUAGAGAGUUGUAUUUUUCGCUCAUCAGUGAAGAGCUAUCUAACAUUUUUGGCACGAAAAUUACAGAUAAUUACGUCAACUAAUUGUUAACGAUUUCGUUGGAAAAUCAACCGAAGGGAAAAGUAAUCAACCUCACCGCCAGAAAAAUGCAAUUGCGAUGAAGCGUGGUCGAACCGAAGAGAUUCAGUUUGGGCAGCCUCCGCGAUCCAGUGGGACUGCCCCACAUCAGCGUCUUAUCGCAACGACUCAGUCGCAUAAUACUGGACCCACAAUACAGUAUCAGAUAUCGCCCAAUGUUAUCAAAACAGCUGCACAGGCCGAGGUUGUGGCAAGUCUGCAAUCUCAGCAGCAGCAACAACAACCGCAGUCUCAGACUGUAUCGCAACAGUCGCAGCAGAUUAACCCCCAACAGCAACAGCAGCAGAUUAAUCAGCAAUCUGUACCACCGUCACAACAGCAACCCAGCGUUCAGUACACCACUACUUCGUACACCACCGCCAUCGGAGGUGGAAAUCUGGUGAAAACAACGGGUCACACUCAACCGUCAGUUCCCCAGUCGACACAGCAAAUCCAUGUGGUGAACACCACCAAUCAAGUCCGUGGUCACAAGGGUGGCCCGAAUGUGACCGCCGCCAGCACCGGUCAAGUAAUCACGACGAUGCCAACGAAUGUAAUCCCACAGUCGGCACAGUCCCAAGUGCCGCCGCCCCCGCAGGGUCAAGCGCAAUUCCAGCGGCUCAAGGUGGAAGAUGCCCUCAGCUAUCUGGACCAGGUGAAGUUUCGGUUCGGUAAUCAGCCCCAAGUUUACAACGAUUUCCUCGAUAUAAUGAAGGAAUUUAAAUCUCAAAGCAUUGACACGCCCGGUGUCAUCCAACGAGUGUCGAACCUGUUCAAGGGUCAUCCCGAGUUGAUUGUUGGUUUCAACACAUUUCUGCCACCGGGAUACAAGAUUGAGGUUCAAGCAAACGAUCAAGGAUACGCAUUCCAAGUGUCCGUUUCGGUGCCAUCGACGUCGGCUGGAACAGCCGUUGCUCCACAGCCGUCGCCAAACAAGUACAGUACAAUUUUCCAAGGUGGUGGCCAAAUUGUGCAAACCGGAAAUACAGCAGUGAAUUUGAUGACCUAUGGGCACACAGCUGGCUCGGUGCACACAACUAUUCAGCCGCCGGUUACCGGCGGUACGGUACCGGCCAAUUCCAAUGUAAGCAGUAUUUCAACGAUUCCUCAAUCGCCACAAAACUUCUCAAGGGACCGGGAACGAACGAUCUCCGGGGGAAGCGCUGGACCGACUCUUCCUCCCAGUAACAGUGGAACAGCUACCGCAGUCCCAGCCGAUUCCAGUGCAAUGAAUACCAGCCAACAGCAAAAUCUUCACCGAAUGAUCUCCCAGCAAGUGAUAUCCCAUCAACAACCACCGCUACAGGAACCACCGACUGGAAACGCGACGCCCAACCAACCGGUUGAGUUUAACCAUGCCAUUACUUACGUGAAUAAAAUCAAAAAUCGCUUCCAUUCCCAACCGGAGAAGUAUAAGCGAUUCCUCGAGAUCUUACACACCUACCAGAAGGAACAGAAAAUCUACAAGGAAGGUCCUCCCGGUAGUUGCAAUGUUGGUGCAAAACAACUUACCGAAGCAGAAGUGUACACCCAGGUGGCCAAACUGUUCGAUAAUCAAGAAGACCUUUUGCGGGAGUUUGGUCAAUUCUUGCCGGACGCCACAAGCCAUGCACCACUUCACGUCAACAAGAAUCAUACUAUGCAUGAACCGGUGCAACCUCCGCCAUCGCAGCAGACCCACGGUAAGAAAAUGUCCGGCAGUAUGAUGAGUGGGAACGUGAAAGCAUUCAACAGUUCCCAUCAGGCAAAUAUGAUACGACUACAGGAUCGUGAUUACGGUCCAAAUGAGAAGGAUUUCUCAACGGGCGGAGCGAUGAGUGGAGGUCGGGGUGGCAGCGUCGGGCUUGACAAGGAACCACGGAAUCACGUUAGCAAUCAAAAGUAUGCACAUAAUGCCUCUGGUCUAGGCAGUGGUCAAGGUGGAGGAAAUGCCGUCAAACGGUCACCAUCCUAUUCACAGAUAGGACCAUUGGGUCAAAGUAUGUCACGGGAUCGUGACGGUCCCCCCAUCAAACGUCUCAAACCAAUCUGUCGAGAUAUUACACUUGCGGAAGCUUCCAAGUUUGGCACACUGAAUGAUUACGCUUUCUUCGAUAAAGUGCGAAAAGCACUGCGGAGUCCAGAUGUCUACGAUAACUUCUUGCGUUGUUUGACCUUGUUCAACCAGGAAAUAGUGUCCAAGUCCGAGUUGCAAACACUGGUAACGCCAUUCCUUAGUCGAUUUCCCGAUUUGUUAAAAUGGUUCCAGGAUUUCCUCGGUCCAUCGAACGUACCGGAGUGUAUUCCGUUGGCAUCGGCUCAACGACAGGAUCGAUCUCAAGGCGAACUAGCAACCGACAUUGAUCUGUCAACCUGUAAACGUCUUGGCGCCAGUUACUGUGCUCUUCCGAAGUCUCACGAAAAUGUUAAAUGUUCCGGAAGAACUAAUCUGUGUAAGGAUGUCCUAAACGACACCUGGGUGUCGUUCCCGACGUGGGCCGAAGAUUCCACAUUUGUCACGUCACGGAAAACACAGUACGAAGAGUUUAUCUAUCGCUGCGAAGACGAACGGUUCGAGUUGGAUGUUGUGAUAGAAACGAACAGUGCAACGAUACGCGUGCUCGAGGGUGUACAGAAGAAGCUCAGUCGAAUGUCCCCGGACGAGGUCAGCCGGUUCCGUUUGGAUGAGUGUCUCGGGGGAACGUCAUCAACGAUACAUCAGCGGGCACUGAAGAGGAUCUAUGGCGAUAAGGCGGCCGACAUCAUCCAGGGGUUGAAGAAAAAUCCCGUCGUGGCCGUUCCGGUGGUGCUGCGAAGGUUGAAAGCUAAGGAGGAAGAAUGGCGCGAAGCGCAGAAGGGUUUCAAUAAGCAAUGGCGCGAGCAGAACGAAAAGUACUAUCUGAAAUCCUUGGAUCACCAAGGUAUUAACUUUAAGCAGAACGACAUUAAGGCUCUAAGAUCGAAAAGUUUAUUCAAUGAAAUUGAAACACUUUUUGAUGAGGUGAGUUACAUGAAGCGUCACGAACAGAGCGAGGACGUCGGCACCAAUCCGUUGACCAGUGGGCCGCACUUGAUUUUACCGUACAAGGACAAAACAAUACUGGACGAUGCGGCCAACCUUUUGAUUCAUCACGUCAAACGACAAACGGGCAUCCAGAAGCAGGAGAAGGGUCGUAUCAAACACAUUCUGCGGCAGUUUGUUCCGGACCUUUUCUUCGCACCCCGUCAGCAGCUGAGCGAUGAUGAACGGGAAGAUGACAUGGACGUCGAUCAAGAGCACGAGGAUGAAAGCAAAACCUCAGUAAAAAAUGGCAAUAAAAAUGGCGGAAGCAGCAAUAGCACAACAGGUAGCUCCGUUGGAGGAAACGGUGAAGGUAACAGCAGUAGUGGUAAUGCUGGCGAACAGCAGCAGAACAAGGAUUCUGCGGCAGCAUUGAUAAAAGAGGAAACACCCGAUAGUACAACCGGCGCUAAGGCGUCAUCGACAGCUUUGAACAAUGCAUCCGAAAGUGGAUCAGCAGUAGCAGCAGUAGCAUCGGCCGGAUCGAUAGCUGCUGCUAGUGGCAAUCAGUCGACUGGUAGUAGUGCAGUUGCCGGUGACCCUAGUAGUGCUAACGUCGUGAAUCGAGAAUCAACGACGGACGAUAGCGGCAAAGAAGGUUCGGUCGACGAAGCCAUCAAAAUGGAAAUCAAACAAGAGAAUGAUCCAGAGCAGUCAGGUAGUAACUGUCAGAGCGCUCAAUCGGCACAGCAGCAAUCAUCGCUGAACCCACCGUUGCCUGCCCAUGCCAUCAGCAAACAUCUGGAGGAAGCUUACACGCUAUUUUUCACCAACAACAACUGGUACCUGUUCUUGCGGUUACAUACCAUUUUGUGUGAUCGACUCCGGACGAUUUACGAGCGAGCACAGAUUAUUGCGACCGAGGAAAAAGCUUAUCAAAUCAGCCGUACCAACAGUACCGCAACCGCCCUCCGGUUGAAACCGAAGAGCGAAAUCAAAGUGGAAGACUUCUAUGCCACGUUUCUUGAAAUGUUGAAGAAUGUGCUGGACGGCAAUAUGGAGGCGGGUAAUUUCGAAGACUCCCUGCGGGAGAUGUUCGGCAUCCACGCCUACAUUGCAUUUACGCUAGACAGAGUUGUUCAGAACGCAGUAAGGCAACUGCAGCACUGUGUGACCGAGCGAGGGGCUCUCGAGUGUGUUGAACUGUUCCAGCUCGAACAACGUAAAGGUGGUGCUGGUGGACUGUGUCGUACUGCGAAUCGUCGUGUCGUCCACGAACUAGCCUACCAACGCAAAGCCGAAGCAGCUCUGCAGGAUGAAAACUGCUUCAAGGUUUAUGUUUAUAAAAUCGAUUGUCGGGUUACAAUUGAACUGCUAGAUACGGAGACGGACGAGCAGGCACAGAACUUCAAGAACGCUCAAAACUUCAGCAACUACGUAGACCGAUUAUCGAAUCCGGCCGCCACGGGAACGGGAAGCGAAAGUGGUGCCAGCAUAACCGGUGGGCUUGGAUUGCAUUCCAAUCUGGAGAUUAAAACGGAAAAACCGGACGAUGAUAUGGUCAAACAAGAAUGAAUGAUAGAAUGAUACGAAACGAAGAAUAGGAACAAUCGUAAAUCGAUUAUAGUUCAGUGAUAAUAUUCUCUGUAGAAACGUGAAGACAUAAAGUUUUGAUUGUAGAUAACUCAGACCCACAUUUGCUACAUUUGAGAAUGCACAACCAACAUAGCUGUGGACUGCGGUAUUUAAGUACUAUAAGCGCAUACUAGAGUAUUAGCUUCUCUCUGCCAGCGAGAACGGUCUAAACGAGUGAACGCGUUUGUUAUACUGUAGGCUUUUAUCGUAUUGCAUAUUGUAGAUAAUGAUUCUCUUCUUUGGAAGUCCCCCCCGACAUCACCGAUAAUGUUAGUGGUUAGUUUUAUUUCCGAGUUUGUGCGUUACAACCGCUCACUUAUAUGUUCCUUACCGCGAGAAGCAGCACGACGAGGCAUUCUGUUUCUGUAUGUAUAUAUGAAACAUUGAAAAAACAAGAAAACCAAGAUGAAAUUUUAAAAGUCGAAUUCAUGUUGCAUUGGGUUGUUCGAAAGAUAUUUUGUUACACAAGUUUCAAAGAGAACGAACACAUUUUUUUCAUGUGCCAAAAUUUAUUGCAAUCACCAAUAAAAAGUUCGAUUCCCUCUCAAAGUUGUGAUCUGAAUGGAAAGAAUACGAAAUAUUUUCCCAUUCCCCUGCUGCAUUUCGAUCUAGCUCUGAACAAAGCACUAGGGGGACGGUACCUCCUCUCAUCUCAGCUGUAUAGUAGUCAACUCAUUUACUUAAACCAUAAGUCAGAGUGAGAUUUGCUAUCUCGAACUAUUUUUUCUGCGAUAUUGCUUCUUAGAGCCGAAGCGAAGACAUUGUGUACUCAAGUCUGUUUCAUGUGGUGGAUGCAAAUCCUAAAACAAUUCACAUAAGAACCAUUCGCAUAAAAAAUCGCAAACCAAAGAAAAUUGUUGCUAGAUCUUAAAAACUCAUGAAACGUCGAAAUUCGAAAUGAUCUCUAAAAAAUAUUCACUUAGAAAUAUUUCGUGAAUUCCGAAAUAGAGAUUUGGUUUGGAUGCCAAAUGCUUUAAAAGUGCAUCAAACGUUGAGAUCAGGCGUUAUCUCGAAAAUAUAUUUUUUUAACAGAGAAAAAAAGAUUGUAAGUUCAAGAGAGUCGUCUUGAAAAAAGAUCGCGAUAACACCAUAUUCGUUUCUAUGUCAAAACAAGAAAAUCUCAUACUGAAAAUUCGGAUAAAUAACCGGAUUAUUAAAAAAAAAUCACAUAAACGGAUCAGGGUCAUGUCGCCGAAAGCCGUUUCGCCGAAAGGGUCAUUUCACCGAAUGUCAUUUCGCCGAAUGGACCACUUCGCCGAAUGUCUUUUCGCCGAAAGCCAUUUCGCCGAUUCCUGCAAUUGUCUUAAAAUCGUAAUGAGAAUCGUUUUAAAAUAAAGACAAAUUAAAGAUGAUAACGUUACCGCCCAUUUAUUGACCUACAAUCGUACUUCUUGAAUAAAGAUUGAUUAAUGAACCUCAGAACGGAGUUCCCAAAGAAACUUGCUGACUAUUACCCACUAAUCAUCAAAGCAAGUCCAUAGGUAUCUACCAAGCAAAUGUAUGUGAUAUUUUCCGUUUACUAAAUAUAAAAAUAUCUAAUGCGGCUUCGCCACAUCGAUUUGAUUCGUGUGCUGUCUGACCUCGCUACCGCUCGUUCGGACCUAACUAAAGCAAAGAAAACUAGCUUUGAGUAGAACGGGCAAACAAGGCGGUUACAGGUUUGUAUGCAAGAGGCUCCCGCUUCCGACGGCGGGUCGGCGGUCAACUCAGCCGGCGUCGCCUCGGCGGCUUUAUGCCGCCGAGCCAUCUUGGUUUCGGUUAUGAGGCUGCGCCACAUCAGUUAUACACGAGGUAUAAUAACACAAAAGUUUGAUGUUUUCGAAAUUACCCUUUCGGCGAAAUGGCAUUCGAUGAAACGACUUUCGGCGAAAUGGCUUUCGGCGAAAUGACCCGCUCCCAUAAAAAACUGCAUUACUUUGUAAAUUCUCAUAAAAAAAUCGAAUGACAAGGAAAAUUCGCAUGAAAAACUACAAAAAUCACAAAAGACUUGAGUAUAUUCGAUUUUAUCCCAAUUCGAUAAUUUGAAAGCCAUUUAAUCGACACGGCGACUCUACUGGUAAGAUGGACUAUUGGUACAAUAACCCUAUUUGUCUUGUUCAACGUUGCAGGAAUUUGUUAUCGCAUUUUGUUAGUGUUUCAAAACUAAUGUGGAAUGGGACUGACAUAAAAAAAAACUGAUACGUGAGUUUUCAAUUUCAUUACAAUAGAUUGAUUGAUGAUUAGCACGCACGGAAAUUUUGUUCUCUUUGGAACGUUCGUUCACGAAAUUAAUUUUUAUAAAAAUCAAACAUGUUUGGAAUCGAAAUUAGGAUUGCAAAGUUCGUACUAGUUUUGCGAACUUCGGUAGUACUCCGCGACGGGUAAAUUUUAUCUUCCCUUUCUAUUGGAUGAAAACGAAGCGUAGAUGUCGAUCUAAGAAAUGUUGAGCAGUAUUUCUCGAACUAUAUAUUCUUCAGAACUACAACGGUACCGUACCGUAAUUCCUUGUGUUAGAUGCAAAUUUUAAAAGCUAACUAAUAAAGAAUAAACAAUCCAAUCGAACUGGACUGCCUUUUAUUUGAAUAUCGCUCCACGUUCCUGCUGAAUCUGAUCGUUUGUUCGAAGAUCGAAGUCUAGAUGUUCUAUUAUUUGAAAAGAAAAAUAAAUCAGAAGAGAAGCGUAAGGACAAUUGCUAUAGUGCAGAAGAAGAGAAGAAGACAAAACCGAGUAGGUAUUGCUUAGAGUUUUCAACUUAUGCUCUUAUGAUUUAAAAAACUAUAAUUGUAAUGCGAAUCAAUCCAAACACUAUAUGUUUGUCUUUACAUAUAAAGUAUUGUGGUGUACAGUGGGAUCUAGCAUUUU